AUGAUAUGCAGGGAUCUGCUGGCCCGCCAUGAGCGUCUUUCUCAUGAUGCAAGCCCAGCCAACCAUCAAGCAGCCACACCUUCCCCCGCGCAUCCCAUCCUAGACGGAUUGGAUACCUUGGCAUCAGUAGUCACAAACCAUGCCCAAUGUAAUCGAAGCUCUCUACAAGCGCCCAAUGAGCACUUCCAAACACUAUCACCGGUCGUGCACAGGACUCCCAUGCUGGGUGCUCAGUUGGCCAGUACAGACACUCCUUCUGCAGGCCCCACCACUCCAAUUCCAGGGCCAGAUUUUGGAUACACCCUGGGUGGUUUUGCGCCUGGCUCCUACGAAGGAAAUGACUUUACCUCCUUUUUGGAUAGUGUGCCUCUGCCGAGUCACCCGUUCUCACCAGCUUUUCAGCCACUCCCGCUCUUCCCGCCUCUGCAUUAUUCCCCGGUUCCGGACUAUGACCAAUCUUCUGAUAGAGUCACCUUGACUGAAACUACCCCUUCUACUCCUUCAAGCUCAGUACUCCCCCGACAUGGCGCCCAACUGCCCUCUCUCCAACCGGAGGGGUAUCAUACCUCCGGAAAGGCACGCCAGCCUACGGGAUUUGUGCCUGUGACAGCUCAGUGUCGGGAGAAGUUCUUCCACAUGCUCUCUGAGUAUGCCAAUGUGGUUCCGAACCCAUCUCUUCCAUCUCGACAUGCGCUAUCUAGAUGUUUGACCGGGUAUCUGACUGGGUUCCACGAUCACUACCCUAUCGUGCAUAUUCCGACCCUCGAUGUAGAAUCAAUGACCCUGCCGUUGUUCCUUUCAAUGGCCGCGUUGGGUGCGCGGUACUGCCGAGAGCCAGAAACCAGCAACAGUCUAUACCAGAUCGCCAAGCCGGUGACGUUGGAACAUGUCCGCCGGGUCUUCCAAUCUGGGGAAUUACAGCCCGUCAAUGCGGCAAAUGACGCCGACACCCUGGAAACCUUGCAGGCUCUUUUGUACUUGACUUCGGUGUCUGCCUGGUUUAUUAACAAUCCCCCUUACCACGAGGCGCUAUCAAUUCGCAGUUUGAUGGAAAUGCUCAUGCGGAAGGGAGGACUCAAUCGUCUACCCGAGUGCGAUGGUACAUGGCCCAGCUGGAUCCGACGAGAAUGCGUAAAACGCACGAAACUAAUCGUGUUCUGCUUCUUCAAUAUACACACAAUUGUCUUCGAUGUCCCACCGGUGAUUCUCACAGAAGACUUCACAGUGGAGCUCCCCUGCACCGAAAAAGAAUGGCAAGCAGCCCGCGCAGACCUCUGGCAAGCCGAGCGAAUGAAGAGUCCCGGCGAGCCAAAAUUUCAAGACGCCCUUUCCGCCCUCUUCACACCAACCAGCAAUGACGAGCGCUUCUCCUCACUGGGCGGCUACGUGCUGAUCCACGCCAUCCUGCAAGACAUCUGGCUAAUGACCAAAGCCGGUCGACUCCCCGUCUCGCGCCGCAACCGCUUCGCCCAUUCAUCCAUCGCAUCCACGCCCGAGCUCGUCUCCGUCGAACAAGCCCUCGAGCGCUGGUGCCAGUGCUGGGAACGUAACCAAGAAUCCUCAGUCGACCCACUGAGCCCGCACGGCCCGCUCUCGUUCACUUCCGCAGCCCUUCUCCGCCUGGCAUACAUCCGCCUCAACGCAGACUGCGGCUCCGCCCGCCAGCUGCAAACCUGGGACCCGGUCCAGAUUGCAACUAGCCUCCGUGAAAAUCUCUCCGUCUACCGCGGCGACCGCCUCACUCGCGCGGCCCUCCACUGCGCCCACGCCCUCAGCACACCCGUCAAGCUGGGCAUUGGCUUCGUGGCGCACUCGCAGGUCGCGCUGUGGUCGAACCAGCAUGCGCUGUGCUCGCUUGAAUGUGCGGUCUUACUGGCCAAGUGGCUUGAGGCUGUCACGGUGCCGCAUCCAGACCCGCAGCUCUCAGAGCAGGAGGCUCGACUGCGGGACUUCGUGCUCGAGAUGGUUAUGGAGGUGCAGCAUGGUGUUUCGAGGGAUUGGCUGCUGGCUACUAAUACCCGGCUCAGUGCCGCUGUUACCCGGUUGUGGGCGCGGUUGUUUACGGCAGAUUAUAUUUGGGAGAUGGUUGCUUUGAUUGGGAGGUCGUUGAAUAGUUAUGCGGACUUGUUAGAGCAGUAG